UUUUCAUAAAGCUCAUACACAUCAAGAUUGCCAUUAUCUCUUUCCUUCUUUGUCAUUCUUUUGCAAUAUGGGUCCUCUGUUUUCAACUUCAGGAGCCGAGAAAUGGCUUGGGUUGGUGGUAGCUAUUUGGGUUCAGGCAGUUUGUGGCAACAACUACACCUUUGCCAAUUACUCCGCUGCAUUGAAAUCUCUUAUGGAUCUUACUCAGUUGCAGCUCAAUAAUCUCUCAGUCGCUAAAGAUGUUGGCAAGGCUUUCGGACUUGUUUCCGGCUUUGCUUCCGAUUGUUUGCCAACGUCGGUUUUACUUGUCAUCGGAUCACUCGAAGGCCUUAUAGGAUAUGGAGCUCAAUGGCUUGUUGUUAGCCAGAGAAUCCGUCCUCUUCCAUACUGGCAGAUGUGUAUAUUCCUUUGUCUGGGUGGCAACAGCACAACAUGGAUGAAUACAGCCGUUCUAGUUACCUGCAUGCGGAAUUUUCCGAAAAAUCGAGGCCCCGUCUCCGGGAUCCUUAAAGGCUACCUUGGACUCAGCACUGCAAUCUUUACAGAUAUCUGCACAGCUCUCUUCUCUUCAGACCCUUCGACGUUUCUCUUCAUUCUUGCGGUCGCUCCUGCCGUUGUUUGCCUCACUGCUGCCUUCUUCCUCCAUGAAGCCCCUCCGGCUUCAAAGGCAAGUGAAUUCCAACAAGAAACGCAAUAUUUCAACAUCUUCAAUGUCAUGGCUAUUACAUUAGCUGUCUAUCUUUUGGCCUUUGAUAUGACCGGAAGUCAUGGUCAGCUUCUAUCAUUGGUAUUUGCAGUAGUACUUGUUAUCCUAUUAGCUACUCCGUUGGGAGUCCCAUUGUAUUCUAUUCUGUCCAAACCAAGGUCUGAUUCUGAUAUCGAGCAACCAAUGAAAGCUCCAUUGCUAGCGAACCAAUCAAACCAGUCAAAGACGACGACGACCAUAACAACUGGUGUUGAGCUGCAGUAUCUCGAACGAAAACGGCCAACGAUCGGAGAGGACCAUACGAUCGUCGAGAUGAUACAAACAAUUGAUUUCUGGGUAUUGUUUGUCUCGUUUCUUUGCGGUGUUGGAACAGGACUGUGCGUGAUGAACAACAUGGGACAAAUGGGGACAGCUCUCGGCUACUCUGAUGUAUCCAUUUUCAUAUCUCUUACAAGCAUCUGGGGUUUCUUUGGACGCAUUGCUUCAGGUUUAUUAUCGGAAUACUUCAUAUGGAAAUUUGGGACGCCAAGGCCUCUAUGGAAUGCAGCUUCUCAGGUUAUAUUGACAAUGGGAUAUAUGAUCAUGGCCUUUGCCUUGCCAGGCUCACUAUACAUCGGCUCGAUGCUGGUUGGAAUAUGCUAUGGGGUUCGGUUGACAAUAACAGUGCCGGUUGCUUCAGAGUUAUUUGGGCUAAAAUAUUAUGGUAUUUUAUACAACAUCCUUAUCCUCAAUCUUCCUCUGGGAUCUUUUCUUUUCUCAGGGCUGCUAGCUGGGUAUUUAUAUGACGCCGAAGCCACUGCCAUUUCCGGUGGAGGUAACACCUGUGUUGGGGCUCAUUGUUAUUGCCUUGUGUUUGUGAUUAUGGCUGUAACAUGCGUUCUUGGAUUGGGGCUGGAUGUUCUGUUGGGUAUCAGAACGAGAAAUAUUUAUGUCAGGAUCCAUGAAAGCAAACGAUCCAUUGCUUCAUCUGCACCAGAUUCUUCACCAAAAUGCUGAUAGAAAAAAAUUCAA